AUAUACAGAACACAACAUUUCGGUUCAUUAAAAAGCUUAUGGGCUGCAGUGCACUAACAACCCAGAAGGCGGCAUGAAAAACCUAAUUUUCCAACAAUAGAGAAGGGGUGUAUUUUUAUUUCGUUGCAUCUCUCGGUUGACCAUUAGGAGGGGGUGAGUCCUGCGUCCGUUUGCCGUUCGACAACCUGACUGACGAACAUCACCAACGCCCAAAAGCUGCCCAUAGGAAAUGCACCGGGCGCUGGACAGACUCGGCGUUUCCGAUCGCUGAGCGCAGAGGCGGCGGCGCUCCGACCCCCGGCGCAGCGACCCGACCCGCGGCGCCCCGACUCAUCGUCGCGCUCCCCUCACACUUCGCUCUUAUCUUCGCACGAUUUCCAGCUGCUCCUACCCUCCACAGCCACCCUUCCUUGUUCUCCCCACCCUUUUCGUCCAUCUGCUCCCCCGUCCACCUUCCUUCUUAUAAGCCAUCAUUCGACUGGAAAAAUGGCAACGCGGAUCGACAAAGAAGCUUGCAGGGAGGCGUACAACCUCGUCAGGGAUGAUAACACGGAGAUUAACUGGGCUUCUUUCAAGUACGAAGGCUCCAUGAUCGUUCCUGGGGGACAGGGGAGGGAAUAUGAAGAAUUUAAGCGCCAGUGUACAGAUGACGUACGUCUCUUUGGCUUCAUACGCAUCACGACGGGAGACUCCAUGAGCAAGCGUGUAAAGUUCACGCUCAUCACCUGGAUCGGUGAGAACAUCAGCGGCCUGCAGAGGGCAAAGAUCAGCACCGACAAGGCACUGGUGAAGGACAUUGUGCAGAACUUUGCCAAGGAGUUCAUGAUCAGUGACAUACGCGAGCUGGAAGAGGACUACAUCCGCAACGAGCUCAAGAAGGCGGGCGGCGCCAACUACGAUGCCCAGGCGGAGUAGACUGAAGGGUGCCAGGGCAGGGCAGGGUUUGGGUUAGGGUAGUGCAAGGCAUGGCAGGUAGAGGAAGCUGCUCAUCUGGAGUGGGGGGUCUGUUCUGUUUGGACCAGAGGGGUUUGGGGGCGGGGCUAAAAGCCACCUUUCCCAAAACACAUUGAAGACCAUCUAGCCUUGCUGGCCUGUGCGUAACCUCAUACCGUUUAACCAUAGGAUAAAAACUGGGCCAAGGGUAUCUUUUAGUGACCUCUGGUUCCUGAUUGGAACCCCCCAUGUUAAACACUCAAAACUGUGAAACUGCUCCCCUUAUCAGUGGAGUAAAUACUGGUCCCCCUGUCAUACUCUGUUACCCCUACGCCCCUCAGGUCCAUCUGCAGAUUCUCUGUUCACUGCCUCAGUUGCCCCAUGGAGAAGGCAUGGUUUAAACCUCGACAGCUACAGCCUUCUCACCAUUUCACCCACACCUGCACGCCCCAGCUCUCGGGGCCGGCCGGCUGCCUCUUAUUCCACUCCUGAGGCAGUCUGACUGUAGUUUAGCUUUUAUUUCAUUCAUUUUGGUCUAGAAGAUGAAGAACCUUUUGCAUUUUUCUUGGUCCCUAUGAGAGUGCAUUUUUUAGGAACUAAAAAUUAGCAAGAGAUGACAAUAAUAACAGCACCAUUUGUCACAGAUCAGUCAUUUCAGAAUAAAUUUCAUUUUUCAAA